AUGGUUUGUGAGACUAAGAUUGUGGCGGAAGAUCAUGAAUCAAUCCCGGGAUCCAAAAAAGAUACGAUCAUUGUUUCUUCCUCCCAGAUGUGGCCCUCUUUGGCGGGCUCCCCUUCCUCCCCCCCGCCUCCCCUCAGCUCCUCAAAAGAGGACCCCAGGCGCGACAAUGUCUAUAUCCGCGAAUUCCACCCCUCCGAGCAGGAGGUGGUGCGCCGCAUAUUUUACGAGGGUAUCAUGGAGCGGAUCCCCAACACGGCGUUCAGGGGGCUGAAGCAGCAGCCCCUCACUCAGCUGCUCUACGGGCUGCUGGCGGUAAUAUGCUUUGUUGUGACCAAGUCCUUCCUGCUGACCUGCUGUUUGCCCAUCUUUCUGAUGGGCAUGAGGUACUACUUCAGUAGAAAAGUUAUCCUCCACUAUCUCGAUUGUGCGCUGCAUACGGACAUGUCCGAUAUUGAGCAAUAUUACAUGAAACCGCCAGGCUCCUGCUUCUGGGUCGCCGUCCUGGACGGCAACGUGGUGGGGAUCGUGGCGGCGCGGGGCAACGAGGAGGACAACACGGUGGAGCUGCGCCGCAUGUCCGUCGACUCCAACUACCGCGGCAAAGGGAUCGCCAAGGCCCUGGGCCGCAAAGUGCUGGAGUUUGCUGUGCUCAACAACUACUCCUCUGUCGUGCUGGGAACCACGGCUGUGAAGAUGGCAGCCCACAAGCUCUACGAGUCCUUGGGGUUCAAGCACGUGGGUGUCGUCGAACAUUACGCCCUGCCGGGGAUGACGCGCUCCUUACUGGAGAGAAUGUUUUUCCAGCUCCGCUACCACCGCUACCGCCUGCAGCUGCGGGAAGAAUAAAAAACCCAACCAACCAAACAAAAAAAAAUAUUUUUUUUUUUCCCUCCUCCCCCUUCAAAAAUAAUAAAUUGCCCUUCUAUUUCUCGUCACUGUUGAUUUGCCAAUUUUGGGUUGAGUUUUUGUUCCCUCAUGUCAUCUUUUGGUUUGCUCCGUGCAGCUUGAUCGUCCGGCCGAGCAGCGCUCCUUCCUCGCAUGCUGUAGGUGGUGGCGCUGGGAGUCCUGCGACCUGGUGGGGCAGAGCGGAGCGGAGCAGCGGCCUCUCCUUCCCAGGUACCUCCGUAAAGCACAGAAACUUUAACUGCAAAAUAGUACCACUGCUCUGGUGUACAUAGUCUUCUCCUUUUCCAAAUGUAAGAUAACAUAGUGAUGCAUUCAUAAUAGUGCAGAAAUAUUACUUGAAUGCAGUUUUCAGUAUUUCAUGCACCAGUAAGUAGAAUAUGCAUUCGUCUUACCGUUAUUUACUGGUUAAUAGUUUUCAAAGAAAAGGUGGGGGGCAAAAAACCCCCGCCCCAACCCGCUUGCUACAAUGCAUGAAGAGGAAAGCGCGUGCACGCACUCAAACACAUCGCACUGCCGCCACGGCACUGGUGUUGCACUUUUUUUGGAUGUGCCUCAUUCUGCCAAAUGUCUGAGAGACCCUGGGUGCAUCCGGUAACCACGACUCCGCUCCAUUCCCACCCUCCUUCCUAAGCCAGCACAGACUUGGACCGGCUGAACUCUGAGCCCCAUUGUUCCAUAGCGUGAAGUUUAAGAUCAAACCUAAAUCUCUCCUGCGCUGUUCUGUAGCCACACGUAGCCUGCAGUCCUGGGCCAGACU